AUGCCUCCGUCGCGUCGAUCCGAUUUCCUCAUCCGCGCCCUCGUCUACCCCUUCACCAUCUCCUCCCGGUUCACCACGCUCAGCAAAAAACCCACCAUGGCCCCCGCCGCCGUAACGAAACACAACCCCCACCCCGACUUCAAGAAAGUCGAAGCCACCCGCGAAGACUGGGACGCGAAGGCCAAGUUCCACCUAACCAAAACUGUCGACCCAUCCUGGAAGUUCGGCACCGGCCCCAACGAGACGCAAGGAGCCAAACAACCCCAACACAUCUCCAUCGACCCGUACGAACCGGGCCGCCCCGCCAACUUCAACUACAAGCUCCUCAUCAGCUCCGUCAUCCCCCGCCCUAUCGCCUUCCUAUCCACGCGCUCCCCCUCGGGCGAGACGAACCUCGCGCCCUUUAGCUACUUCGGCCUCGUCAACCAUGACCCGCCGCUCUUCGCCGUUAGCUUCGUGUGCGAUCUCCAGUCGGCUAAGGACUCGCUUCGCAACCUUGUCGAGUCGCGCGAGUGCGUCAUCAACAUCAUUUCGGAAGGGUUCGUAGAGGCUGCGAAUGCUUGCUCUGUGAACGCGCCGCCGUCGGCGAGCGAGUGGGCUAUUUCUGGGUUGACGCCCGUUUAUGAGGGUUUGGAUGUGGGCUGCGCGAGAGUCAAGGAGGCUGUGUUUUCCAUUGAGGGAAGGUUGGAGAGUGUGAGGGAGUUUGAGAGCAAGUCGAGACCGGGUCAGACGUCGAGCGUUAUGGCUAUUAUCGAGGGGACGAGGUUUUGGGUUAGGGAGGAUGCUAUUAAUGAGGAGAGGAGUAUUGUCGACCCAGCUGUUCUUCGCCCCGUCAGCCGUCUCGGAGGCAUCAUGUACGGAAGGUUAAACGAGGCCUUUGAGAUCACGCGGCCUGACUUUGAGAAGGACAUUGGGGGUAGCGAGGGGUAUGAGAAGCUUGCGAGGGAUGCUGACGUGAAAAAUGCUUCCUCGUGA